UCUCGAGCUGGCACUCUCCCUCUCUUCGUCGUCGUCGUCGUCGUCUUCUUCUUCAUUCUUCAGUCCCAAGCAGUGAAGCUUCAAAAUCAAACUACCUCAAUCUCUCUCUCUCCUUCCUCUUCAUGUGAUUCAGUAGUCGGCACCAACUCUACUUCUUCACUUCCAAUGGCGACCGUCAAGUCCGUCGACGCCUCCCUCUGGUGGGACUCCUUCUCCUCCCUGCUCGCCGAGCUCGAAGACGCUCCCCUCUCUGCCGACCUGCCUCCUCCUCUCGUGAAGAAGCUGGAGGAGAACCGCGCUUGGUUCUUGGACACCGUGUUGCUGUUUAGGCCGCCCAAUGCAAAAUCGAAGGAGGCUUUGGCCUCGCAGCAGCUUAAGAUCGGUCCUCAUGAGCUAACUGUAAAGCCUGAAUUGAGAGACAAGGCUUUGGCUAUCACUCCCUUCUUGGGUUUGGAUGAGGUGCAAUCCUACAUUCUCGUCGAGAGGUCGAUGGAGCACCGAAACGUGGCUGUUGAUUCGAUGGUUCAAGAGUUUCCGCACGGGAUAUUGCUUCAGUAUUACAUUGAGCGGCAGUGCUUGCUGAAAUGCACAAGGAGGAUUCUGACUCAUGCCUUAUGCAUCAAGGCUAGCUCUGGGGAAAGUAAUGUUAUUAGGGAAGAGGCACUUGAAUUGAUUUCUGUUGGGUUGGAGAGUAAAUCUUUAUCAGCCUUGGACGCACUUCUAUCUUCCAGUCACCCUGAGCAGUUGGAUGUUGAUCUCUUCACUCUGUGGGCCGAGGAGACACUAACAGAAGUCAAUCUGAUUUUGGACAUCUUGUUCCUUAUGUAUUACGAGUCUUUCUGCAUGUGUAAUGGUGAAAGGUGGAAGAAGUUGUGCACCCUCUUUAAGGAUACCUUAUCUGGGUCUUAUAACUUCGAAAAGCUGGCUGUGUCAGCUGAAGCAGUGCGUUCUUCUUACCAUGCCAGAGUUCAGCUACUUCUGAUACUCAUAGAAACCCUUGACUUGGAAAGUGUUCUUCAAAUGGUUCAUGAUGGGACGCCUUUGAGGCAGGGUGCGUCUGUCUUCUCAUUGACCGAUAUUCAAGAGAUGGAUGCACUAGUGUCAAGUUUCAGUUCUUUAUCAAUGAAAGAAGCAGGCUCACUGUUCCUUACUUGGGCAGUGUUUCUUCGACUGAUUGCAUCACUUCCUGGGAAUGAGAAUGAUAAUGCGCUAAAGGAUAUUGAUGACGUGGGAUAUGUUCGUCAAGCUUUUGGAGCUGCAUCAUUGGAAUAUUUUCUUGAAAUUCUUGUAAAUGAUAUCUUGAAAGAAUUCGAUGGACCAGUGGCAGGUUAUCGAAGUGUCUUGAGAACUUUCAUUUCUGCUUUUAUUGCAUCGUAUGAAAUCAAUAAUCAGCUAGAAGAUAGCACUUUCAGUUUGAUAUUGGAAAUUCUUUGCAAAAUUUACCGCGGAGAGGAGUCCCUCUGUAUGCAGUUCUGGGACAGGGGAAGUUUUAUUGACGGUCCCAUUCGAUGUCUUCUUUGUACAGUGGAAGGUGACUUCCCCUUUAGAACUGUGGAACUUGUUCGAUUACUAUCAUCUCUUUGUGAAGGACAUUGGCCUGCAGAAUGCGUGUUCAACUUUCUGGACAAAUCUGUUGGCAUAUCAUCAUUUUUUGAGAUUGAUGACCAUUCUCUGGUGGAUGAAACCUACCAGAUUGUUGAGACACAGUUACCAUUGCAGGUUCCUGGUAUUGAAGGCCUUUUGAUUCCUGCUAAAACUCGAGGCCAUGUUUUAAGAGUAAUUGGUGGAAAUACUGCGCUUGUACGCUGGGAGUAUAGGCAAUCAGGAAUUUCUGUGCUGCUCCUGCAUUUGGCUCAGAGGCUAUACGCAGAAUGCACUGAGGAGAUAAUUCAUAUUCUUGACCUGCUGAAUCGGAUGGUGUCUUUUAACAUGGGCCUUUGUUUUGCUUUGAUGAACAUUAGGAACACGUCAUAUGUGCAAUCAACUAUGACAACUGUGGUGACAGAAAAUAACAUUUGGGUGGUUGAGGUGAUUUCUUCCUUGAUCAGACAUUUGUAUCCCAGUUCUAGUAAUGCUGCAACCAUUUGCAUGGGCGUCAAUUUCUUAGCAAAGAUGAUAGAGAGUUGUCCGUCUAGUGUUGCGGUGGUGGCACUGAAGGCAGAUAUGUUUGAUGUGUCCUCAAGUAGAAGUUCCUUUGAUGGUGACUAUAAUGGUUCAUCCAGAUCAUGGUUGCUCUCCGGGAGACUGGCAAAGAUGCUAUUUGUCGAUUACGAGCAGAAUGACUAUGACUGCUCACUGACAGUAUCAGUGCUGGAAUUCACUACGAAGCUUGUGGAAAGUGGAUUGGAGAAUGAUGCUGUCCUAGCUUUGCUUGUUUUCUCCUUGCAGUAUAUUCUAGUCAAUCAUGAGUUUGGAAAAUGUAAGGCAAAGCACCUUCGUUGGAAAGUGACAGUUAAGGUGCUUGAACUGAUGCGAACAUGCAUUAUGUCAAUUUCGUACUUCACAAAAUUCGGCAAGGUUGUCUGGGAUUUACUGCUAUCUGACUCUUCCAUCCACAGCAUGCUCUUUCGAGUUGCUUGUACGACGGCACAAACUUUGGAGAAUCUUUACAUGAACCGUCUCUUUGAAUUAUCGGACAUUGAAGGAUUACAGCUUGCCAUCCGUUCUGCUUUGGACAUUCUUUCUAUCAUGCUCUCCAGAUCCAUGAAGGCUGUGUCUGCUAGCCUUCCUGUCUUUCACCAAGCUAUGCUAUCAUCUACAACCAAGCCGAUUCCUGUCACUGCAGCUGUUAUGUCUUUGAUAUCUUACCUCCGUAACUCUGGAAUACAAAUCGCUGCUGCCAGGUUACUUUCCAUGAUAUUUGUGGUAGCAGAUGACGUGAAGCCUAUGAUAUCUGGGAUCACAUGCUUUAGUGUGGAUGAUAAGCAGAUGAUAGAAUUAAGGCAUGCCAUCAAUUGCAUUCUGCAGGAAAAAGCACCUAGGAAUGAAGAUCUCUUCCUAGCAAUAGUAAACCUGCUUACUUCUGCUGCACGUUUUCAGCCAUCAUUUCUUCUUUCUAUGUUUUCCGCCAAAGUGCACAACCCUGAAAGUGUCGAGCAUUCAACGAAUGAUAUUUCAUCUCAGACGACAUUUAGAAAAUCAAGCCUACUUCAUUUACUCCUUCAACCCAUUGAAAAGUCUAGUGAGCUCAUCCAAAGCAAUCCAGAAAUAGCACUGGCUGUUCUAAACUUCCUGAAAGCUUUGUGGGAAGGGGCUGGCCACUACAGAGAUUUAUUGGACUGGCUCAAACGAUCUCAAGAUUUCUGGAAACAUCUGUCUGGCUUCAUAUCUCUUGCAGGCAUGGAAGCUCAUCUACCUAGAAAGUUGGCCAGAAGGGAAGGCCAAAGCCUUGCAAACAAAUAUCAAUGUCAAAGUGCAAUAUUGGAAAUAUUGGCAUGUGAUAUUUUCUUACAAAAGAAGUUGUCACAUGCCAAGUUGCCUAUGGAACAACUCGAUUUGGCGAAAGUAAAUGAUGGAAAUGCUGCAACUGCUGAAAAGUUGAAAGUAUCUGAUCCCCAAGAUCCUACCGGUGUUUUAUCUACCUGGUGUCAGAGCUCUGUUUUAGAAAGCCUGGUCAAGACAUAUGCUUCAUGCGGAUAUGACGGUGAAAUCUGGUUCCAUCUGAAGGUUGCUGCCUCCCUCUUCGCAGUGCAUGUCAUGGCCAGAUUAGCUGCUGGUGACACAGGAAGUUUGUCCGUAUCUUUAAUUGAGAAAAUUCGGCUUAUGUAUAAACAGAUGAGCAGCCAACCUCCUUUUUCUGAACUUUUAGCCCUAUACGGAAAACGUGGCUAUAGUGAAGGGAAGGAAUUGCAAACUCUAAUACUGAGUGACCUUUAUUAUCAAAUACAAGGUGAGUUUGAAGGUCGAAAAAUAAGUCCCGGACCGUUCAAAGAAUUGUUCCUGCAUCUUGUGGAAUCAAACUUUUUGCAAAUUUACCGACAAGAACAAAGUGGCAGCUUUGCAGAGUAUACUAGUAGGAUCUACUUGUAUGAUGUUGAGUGCAUACAAGCUGAUAUCAAACUAGAUUUAUGGAAUUAUACGAGCUGGAGAGCAUCUAAAGCGAUUGCGGAAACAAUGGUGCAGUGCAUGGAGGAUGCAAACUCAAUGCUGUUGUUCUCAAGUUCGAAGCUUUCUGCACUGAAAGCACUCAUCACUCUGCUGAGUGUUUAUGACAAUGAGUCUGGCGAAAAGAAGGCUACAAAUGGAAGCAUGAUCUCUGAGAAACUCAUUUGUUCCUGUGUAUCUCACAUAUCAAAUUGUAUUCAUUCAACACUGGAGAGAGUGGCGCCCACCAUGGACACUUCGGCAGAUAUCUUUGAGUUUCUUGCAAGCCAGGCAGAGUUGGUUAUUUAUUUCAUCAGGAAAAUGCAGACAAGGCCCUCUGUACCAGUUUGUCUGCUUGUAUUAAGGACAUGUGUUCCUAUGAUCAGAGUGUUGAAAGACUCCAAGCCAGCAGCUACAAGGUUCAAGACUAUGAUCAAUUUCUCUUUCUUGGUCCUGGUUUCAGUCGUGGAGUUCUGUCACUGCUGUUCAUGUGUAGAUUCCUCGGGAAAUAAGGAAUUUGUAGAAGAAGGAGCUGAAUUCUCUAAUCUAUGUUUGGGUCACUUACCGGUUCUCUGCGACUGUCUUAUGGUGCCUGAGCUUUGCACUGUUUCUCUGACUACAGCAGACUUGAUACUGCGAACAGUCUUGAUGCCAACUAGUUGGUUCCCCGUCAUAAAAGAACAUCUCCAAUUGCAGCAUAUUGUUCGCAUGCUUCAGGAUAAAAAUUCUCCAGUGUCAUCUUGCAUAUUGCUGAAAUUCUUUUUAACCCUUGCACGUGUGAGAGGAGGGGCUGAAUUGCUUCUUAAUGCGGGUUUCUUUUCAUCUCUCAGAGUGUUAUUCUCUUACAUAGAAGAUGGGAGGCACUCCUCAGCAACCGAUGGGGUUAGGGAUGUUUCCGACACAUCCGACAAAUAUGAAGAGUCCCAACAUAUUUGGGGACUAGGCUUAGCUGUCGUUACUGCAAUGGUUCAUUCCUUAGGAGACAGUUCUUAUUUUAUUGAUAUUGUGAACAACGAGGUUCCUUACUUCUUCUUUGAGAAAGCUGAUCUAAUAUCCUAUUAUCUCAGUGCUCCAGACUUUCCGUCUGAUGAUCAGGACAGAAAGAGAGCCCGUGCUCAAAGGAGACAAACUUCUCUAACUGCUCUGAAAGAAACUGAGCACACCGUCAUGCUAAUGUGCAUUUUAGUGAAACAAUGGAAUUCAUGGGUUAAGGCUAUGAAAGAAAUGGAUUCACAUUUCAGGGAGAGGAGCAUUCAUCUGUUGGCAUUCAUAAGCAGGGGUACUCAACGUCUAGGAGAAUCCUUUAGGCGGAACGCGCCUCUCCUUUGUCCUCCUAUUGAGACAAUUGAGUUUGAAUUCUGCAAGAAACCGUCAUUUGUCAACAGCAAAAAUGGAUGGUUUUCCCUGGCACCUCUUGGAUGUGUUUUUAGGUCCAACUACUCUGCUGUUUCUACUGCUCUGAUUGUCAAGGAUCGAGCUGCGGAAAACUUAGAGAGAAUCUCCGCGACAAGAUUUUCAGAUAAUGUUGCCUUGCAGAUCUAUAGAGUCGCCUUUCUUCUUUUGAAGUUUCUCUGUUUACAAGCCAAGGGUGCAGCUAAAAGGGCUGAGGAGGUUGGGUUUGUCGAUCUUGCUCAUUUCCCUGAGCUUCCAAUGCCUGAGAUUUUGCAUGGUUUACAGGAUCAAGCACUUUCAAUCAUCGCGGAGCUGGGGAAUGCCAAUAGAACAAGGCCAAUGGAGCCCGAAAUCCGGACCGUCUGUGAGCUAUUGCUGCAGAUAUUAGAGAUGGCCUUGUAUUUGGAGCUUUGUGUUUUGCACAUAUGCGGUAUAAGGCCGGUACUAGGGCGAGUGGAGGAUUUCUCUAAAGAACUCAAGUCGUUCGUUAGAGUGGUGGAGCAACAUGAUUUUCUAAAAGCUUCGCUGAACUCCCUGAAACAGGUGAUCGCGCUCGUCUAUCCGGGCUUGUUGCAGGCCGAGGGAUUGUUGUGAAAUGAACAUGUGCACAAAAACUAAAUGAUAGCUCCUUUAGAACUUUCAAAUUGCAACGACCCUGAAUGUUCUUGGCACGAGUGGCUAAGUAGGUAGAUAGAUCAAUGUACAGCGCAGUCCCCACCUGUAAUUCCAAUGUUGCCA